AACGGGCUUGUUUGUCCGAAGGUCGGUCGGUGUUUAUUCCGUUAGCCGGCUAGCGUAACACUUAACCUAGCGGUUAUAGUCGACUCUGUUAGCUGGAGCGAAUGAAGCUAAGCUAAGCUAUCCAACAAACUGGGGUCAACACACAGGAACCAAGAUGUGUGGUGAUCUUACUGCUGUAGACUGAAGAAUUCCACCCAACCUGCUUGCCCACCAUGCCCUUUGUCCUGCAGUAACCACCUUUCGGCAAAACAGUGUGCUGCGUCGUUUUUAACUGCUUCCAAUAAGAUGGAAACGGAAGCGGCGGUUAUCCCCAUUUGGCAGAACAAACCCCAUGGCGCAACCCGAAGUGUGGUGCGGCGAAUCGGCUCCACACUACCGCUGAAACCUUGUCCUAGAGCAUGUUUCCAGGAGCUGCCAGGUCUUUCUCCGCUGCGGCACUUGGACGGCCCAAUGGUGCCUACGCUGGCUGACAUCGCCUGGAUUGCGGCUGAUGAGGAGGAGACCUAUGCAAGAGUGAGGAGCGACACGCGUCCCUUCAGGCAGGAGUGGCGGCCGACUCCCCUGCUGGUGCUCCACAGAAACUCAUCAGUGCCCAACUUCAGGCGUGAGGGCAAAAGGAUGGAGGGUCUGAGGAAGCCGGGUGUGACUGCGCUAAACCGCACCACUGCCCUGCAGGAUGAGCUCAGCCGACUGCGGGCUCAGAUCGCCAAGAUUGUGUCUGGCGAGACAGACUCGAACCCCAUCACCCCUGACCUGCUCUCUCCUGAUGACACCAGCAUGGGUUUCUCCAUGGCUCCUUUUGAGACAGCCGUGUACCAGCCGGCCGCCUCGGCCUCCUUCGUCAUUAGCGACGUCACUGAGGAAGACGAGGGGGAGGAAGAUGAAGACGAUGAGGCGGAAGUGUCAGAGCUGGCACCAGACCCCAUGCCGCCGGUCUCCAUGACUGCGUCUGCAACCUUUGACCUUGAUCGCCCUACUAUGGACUUCCAGGAGGCAGAGGAAGAUACAGUCUCGUUGUCCAAGUCCACGAGCUUCGCCGACGUCAAGGACAUCCUGAGGGACAUGAACCGCAUGAAGAUGUGCAAGGACAGGUAUUCUCGUGGCUGUACGUCAUUAAGGGAGGAAGACUCUGCAUCACUGAUAUCUGAAGCUCUGAGGAAGAAAUUCACUCUGAGGGAAGACGACAUCGGUGUGAAGAAGUAGUGCGUCUCCUCUGUCCUCCCUCCUCCUCCAGCUCUCCAUGCCAGUGCCUGUGGAUUGUUGCCAUGGAGACCCCAUAACGCCCCAUCAGCAGCAAUGCAGAGUUUCCCCUGGCGAUCUGCCCAGCCCCCGUCCCUCCCUUCAUGAUGCUGUACUGCAGUGAACACACCUGAAGGGGAAGGACAAGCUGUCUUGCGUAGUUCUGCUGACCACCAAAACACUUACAGAACAUACAUACACACCCCUCUGAGGCUAAGAGGAGCAGACGCGUGUGUGUGUGUGUGUGUCUGUUGAGUGUGUUGUGGAGGGUUGUGUGUUACAUUUACAGAACAUAUUUUCAUACCGUCAGUCAGACCGUUGACCCCUAAUACAGUGUGGUGUGUUGUUCUUAUUGGAAAUCAGUCAUGAUGCUUUUUUAUGUGGUUAAUUUGAAUAGGAGAUAAAAAGGAAUUACACAGAUUUUUCAUUUUUUCAGUCAGUCAUUUAGGGUGGUUUGAUGUAAAAUGGCUUUUUUUUUUUUUUUUAACACACACAGUGGUGGUGAUGGGAACCACUUACUACCAGUGACCCUAAACAUGUAUUCUGAGUUUUUAUAUGUUGAUACUGCUAAAUAGUCAUAAAUCAUUUCUAUCUACUUUGCAAUCCCAUGGCCAGCAUGCACCUCUCCACCAUGAAUGGAUUUUAAUACAUUUUAAACCAAAACUUUGUGAAAAACUGUUAUAAAACAAUGCCUUAUACAUCAGGCCAUGUAUUCUUAAGCUUUUCACCUGAUAUCUUUCUGCGAUGCAGCUUUUAGACACAUUCAAAUCUUUGGACGUCUGGUUCCUGUCACCAACGCUCAGUUUUUCUAGAAUGGAGCCUUUCACAUCAGACCACUCUGACUUUCUUUACAUCUUUAACGAAUCUGUGAAAUUGCCCUGUUUAACAUCUACAUUCAUAGCAUCUAAAUUUACCUGUCUAGCAAGAUUACACUUGUCCAUCUCCUGUAAUGUCACUCCAUUCAACCAUCAUGCUUCUCAACACAACACAGUGAAUCUCAACACAGGCCAUCACCUCUUAAUCCCACGCAGGAUGUUCAUUUUGUUAGAUGUUACAAAACCUUUUGCUUUUAGCCUCUCUUGCCUCUUCCUGUCCCUUACAAAACCCUGCAAUAGAUACUUGAACCAUGUUUGAUGAAUGACUAGUUUGCAAUAUUUACUUGUUUUUGUCAGUUUUAUUUAACUAAAAACCAAAAAGCAGACAUUUGAGCACUCGAGUUUUGUGUGCAAUGCACACAUUAGUUUGCCGUGCUGUGCUAUCAAUGUUGCUUUGUAUACCUUUUUAUUAUUAUAAUUAUUAUUAUUAUUAUUAUUAUUAUUUGCUUGAGUAGCUCAGGGUUUCUACUUGAGCAACUCUAGCUGAAGUAUUUUAUCUGAGCCACAAGAUAACCAAUUACCAAGUUAAGAAAACACAAUAUAAUCUAGCUGCUAGGUUUCGUGUCGUUUGCUGUGGGUUUUUGUUUAUAGAGAAGCGUGGGACAGGGGGGAAUAAAUUUUGACUUUAUACUGUACUGUGCAAGAAUUAGAGACCACCUUUCGUUUAGGUUCCAAUCAAAAUGGCAAUUAGGUCCAAGUUAUUCGUUUUUCAGUUUCGGGGAAAAUAACAGAAUACAUUAAUACACACCUCCAAAGCUCAGUCUUAGAAGUUGGUUGAUCUUUUUCUGAAGUAAUUAAACACAUUCAGUGAUGUUCAGGUCUGGAAUCUGGGGUGGUUCAGCUUCUUGGUUUGAUGUGUCCAUCUCCUUUUCUCAAUGAGGUUCUUCUUAACAGCUACAUGUCCUUUCAGACCCAUAGCGCUGAGUGGUCUCCUCACAGUGGGAGGAUGGACAGAAACACCUGUGGAUGUUUU